UUAUAGCUUAGACCGACUCCUAAUUCACCGGCCUUGAACCCCCUUCUCUCUCAUGAGCAUUUUGGGAAAUAAUUUACAGUUUGAUUAAUUUUGUUUUUUCCAGGAGAUAUAUAUUUAUAUCGAUUGAAUCGGUUUCCAUUAUUAUUUACCAAAUCUAAUCUAAGUUAUCGUAACCGAUGCAACGGCUUGUUGACCAUACCCUCGCUGUCACCAAAGAGUCAGUUAAGACAUUGACUUAUGAGUCACUGAAUAAUGUUGUGAGAUUGAUUAAUGGAGUGUCAGCAAUAUUAUUGACGAUAUUGCCGGGGAAAUCUUCUAUUCUUGAAGGCAUACAUGGUUGGGAACUUCGUCCAUCCUUUCGUGGACCUCGGCUUCCACAGUGGAUGGAGAAUGGCGCCUCAUCUUUUAACCAGUUCAUUCAUGAGCUUUCUAUUGAUUCUGAUACCUCCUCCUCGAGUGUAGAUUAUUCAUCAUCAUCAGAAGAAGAAUAUACUGAUGAAACCAUUUGUCCUCCAUCUCCACUGUCACAAAGUUCUCGGGUAUCUAGAGCUCGCAGUCUCUCAAGGCGGAACAGGCAUUGGUUCAGAUACAUCAUCUCAUGGCUCCUAUUUCCAAUCAAAUUUAUGUUGGGCCUACCUUUGUUUAUAUAUGCUUUGGGUAGGGGCAGUAGAGCCUCUCGGACAUCUGAGAGUUUCCAGUCUUCCCAUGUACAAGCUAGGAAUAGACUACAGACACUCAGGGAUCAGGUUAUCCAGCGUACGACUGACAGAAGACGUGGUGUUGUUGAGGAUCUCCAUCUAGCAACUGAGAUCACCAUAGAGGCUGUUUUUGAAUUUUUUCACAAGGCAGCACACUGUCUUCUUUCACCAAUAGGCACCUUAAAGAAAGUGGUGAAGUGGUUCUCUUCUGACAACAGUGGUCAUGGGGAUGUUCCCCCUGUUGGUUCAGGUGUCUCUGUUCCUGUGGACACCCUUUCAGAGAAUGAUCCUACUCCUAGAGUACGGAAGACAGGCUUUCAUUCCCUCAAUACAGAUGCUCGGACAUGUCAAGAUGUCAUUACAGAGCUUGGAUACCCAUAUGAAGCUCUUCGUGUUGUUACUGAUGAUGGAUAUGUUCUCCUUUUGGAGAGAAUUCCAAGACGUGAUGCUCGGAAGGUUGUUUAUCUACAACAUGGGGUUUUUGAUUCAUCCAUGGGUUGGGUAUCGAAUGGAGUUGUUGGUUCCCCAGCAUUUGCAGCCUAUGAUCAAGGAUAUGAUGUUUUCCUAGGAAAUUUCAGGGGAUUGGUCUCGAGAGAGCACAUUGACAAGAAUAUAUCCUCACGUCAGUACUGGAAGUACUCUAUAAAUGAGCAUGGGACACAAGAUAUACCUGCAAUGAUAGCGAUGAUCCACAAAACAAAAGUUACUGAAUUGAAAAAUAGCCAAAAAGCUGUGGAGGGAGAGAACGACAAUGAUCAGCCUUACAAACUUUGUGCAAUUUGCCAUAGUUUGGGAGGAGCUGCUAUUCUAAUGUACAUCCUAACACGUCAACUUGAGGAAAAGCCCCAUAGGCUAUCAAGAUUAAUCUUAUUAUCACCUGCUGGCUUUCAUCAUGAUUCCAAUCCUGUAUUCACAGUGAUGGAAUACUUGUUCCUACUAAUGUCUCCUCUGCUUGCCCCCUUUGUGCCAGCUUUCUAUAUACCCACUCGGUUUUUCCGCAUGCUGUUUAACAAGUUGGCCCGGGACUUCCAUAACUUACCAGCAGUUGGAGGCCUUGUGCAAACUCUCAUAAGUUAUUUGGUUGGUGGAGACAGUUCAAAUUGGGUUGGAGUCUUGGGGUUGCCGCACUACAAUAUGAAUGAUAUGCCAGCUGUUUCGUUCCGCGUGGCUCUUCAUUUGGCACAGAUCAAGCACACUCGGAAGUUUAUAAUGUUUGACUAUGGCAGUGCAGCUGCGAACAUGGAAGCUUAUGGUUCUCCUCGGCCUUUAGAUUUGGGGGAGUACUAUUCCCUUAUUGAUAUUCCUGUUGAUCUUGUUGCUGGGCGAAAGGACAAGAUCAUCAGGCCAUCUAUGGUAAGGAAACAUUAUAAGUUGAUGAAGGAAGCAGGUGUGGAGGUGUCAUAUAAUGAGUUUGAGUAUGCUCAUUUAGAUUUUACAUUUUCCCAUCAUGAAGAACUAUUGGCGUAUGUUAUGUCUCGAUUAAUUUUAGUAGGUGCUUCUAUGAAGCAGCAACCUGGUCAGAAAUCGUUGAAGAUUAGGAGAAAAGAGGGGCAAGCCAGCAGCAGCUGUUAAAGUGUAGCACUAAUGAGAGCUUGACACGUUUAAUAGCUUGGAUGUUCCUUGUAAUACAUGUAUGCCACUUAUACAGAAAAAAUAUAGAGAAGGCUGAAUCAGGAUAGGGUUUGUUACAAUCCGAAAUCCCAUUCCAAGGGAAUAGGAUAGUUGUUGUGUCCUAGAGUGUUUGAUAUGGUUUUUGUGUAUACUGACUGUAUAUUGUAACUUGUAAAGGUGUAGCAUUGGUUUUAGCUUGAAUGAAAUUGUCCGGACUGCAACUCUUA